AUGACCAAGUUUAGACCUUGCAUUGACCUGCACUCAGGGCAGGUUAAGCAGAUUGUGGGCGGCACUCUCAGCCAGGUGGCCUCAGAUCUGAAAACCAACUACGUAUCCAACUUACCGGCCAGCCACUAUGCUGAACUCUAUGAGAAGCACAAUUUGCGAGGUGGGCACGUUGUUAAGCUUGGACCAGGAAAUGAAGAGGCAGCUCAGGAGGCAUUGAAGACGUGGCCGGGUGGUCUGCAAGUCGCUGGAGGUAUUACCGAUAAGAAUGCGCAAUAUUGGAUCGACCAAGGUGCAGACAAGGUGAUCAUCACUUCAUUCCUUUUCCCUGGAGGCAAAUUCUCGCUCGAGCGACUCGAGUCAGUUCUCUCUGCUUUGGGUGGUGACAAGUCAAAACUGGUCUUGGAUCUGAGCUGCCGCAGAAAAGAUGAUACAUGGUUCGUUGCGAUGGACCGCUGGCAAACCAUCACAGAGAUGGAGAUCAACCAGGCAUCUAUCUCAAUGUUGGAACCAUACUGCGCUGAGUUCUUGAUCCACGCCGCAGACGUAGAGGGCCUGCAACAAGGCGUUGAUGAGGAACUUGUGUCGAGACUGGCUGAAUGGUGUACUAUCCCUGUGACUUAUGCGGGAGGUGCACGCCAUCUACAAGAUCUGGAAAAGGUCCACACGAGUAGCAAGGGAAGAGUGGAUUUGACAAUCGGCAGCGCGUUAGAUAUCUUUGGCGGCUCCGGAGUGACAUUUGAUGAGUGUAUUGAAUGGAACAAAACACAUUAA